UUUUAUAUUGUAAAAAUUGAUUUGAUUAAAUCUGUUAGUUUCCUUGUGUGUGAUCAUCAACAUUGAACAAUCAAACGAUUCAAUUCUGUAAUCGGACUGUAAUUUCGACUAUUUUGAGCUCUACUGAAAUAUUCACGGAGAGGAAUGUGGAAAAACAACGAUAAAUGAAUUGUGUGAUUUAAUUGUACCUCGUGACAUUUGAUUUAAAUAUCUCUGAGGAAGAAGGAGAUAUAGAGAGAGUGUGUGGUGUCGAUAUAUAAGUAUCGUAAAAUUUGAAGUAUUCACAAUGGCUUUUAAUAGACAUGCAAAGCACUGCCAAAAAUGUGUUCUGUUAACUAGACAACUUACGGAUAGUGCAACUGGCAAGGAUGCUGGUGGAAAUGUAACAAGCAUUUCUGAUAGAUUUCUACGUUCCGUUAAUGAUCUAAAGAAAGCCAGAAUGUCCAUGCAGAAUCAGUGGAAGCUUCUAUCGCAAUUGAAAGAUUACCUAAACAAGGCCAACUGUGACAAGAAUCAACAAAUUAUUGUCUCCAAAGAUUGGCUAGAUACCCUGCAGAAAUUAACUUAUUCGCAGCUUGAGACGAUACGAAAAUUGUCAUCAGGAUCUGUCAGUACUGCUACAAACAAGACCUCAAAUAUAAAACAUAAAGAUAGCAAUGAUUUAGAUAAUAUAAAGCUAAUGCCUGAACAAACAGAAUUACUCACCGAUCCUGAUUUAACAACUGUGCAACGAAAAACACAACAGCAAAUCCGUGAGCAAGGCACACCCGAUAAUAAAGUAGAAUCAAAAGAUAGCAUGACUAUGCCGCAAAUUUUUUCUGCAUUGCUCUUCAAGUUAUCUUCUAAAGCUACGCAAAGUGCCGUCAUCACACCAAAGUGGAAAGUGAACAUCCACAGCAAUAUUCCGAAGCACAGCAUCGUCUCUCGCACGCGUCACGUCUUGAACAGCAUCAUAUCGGCCGAGUCAAAUGCUUCGAAGUUGCGCAGAUUAGAAGAAUUAUUGUUGCAUGUUGAUCAGUAUCCAGAGGCGAGGCAUUACGCGAUCAAAGAGGGAGCGAUUCGAAUUUUAUUACAGACUCGUCAGAAGACGAAAGAUGAACAGAUUAAAGCAUCUAUUAGAGAAGCACUCGCUGUAAUGGGUUACAUCGAUCCUCUGCCCGGUCGGGGUAUUAGAAUCCUAUCGAUUGAUGGCGGCGGUAUUCGUGGAGUAUUGGUUAUAGAGAUGCUGAAGAAAUUGGAAGAACUCACCGGAAAGAAGACGUAUGAAAUGUUCGAUUACAUAUGCGGCGUGAGCACAGGAGCUAUUCUCGCUGCCGUAUUAGUAUUGCCAAAGGACAUUUUGGAAGGAGGACAUAAGAGAAAGUCAUUGGAUGAAGUUUCAGCAUUAUAUAAAGAUUUGAGUACCAAGGUGUUUACACAGAGUGCUAUAAAAGGCACGAGCAGUCUAGUAUGGAGUCAUGCGUAUUACGAUACCGCGUUGUGGGAAAAAUUAUUAACGGAGCAUUUAGGCGACAAAAUUCUUAUCAAAACCUCGCGCGAUCCAAACACACCGAAGUUUGCAGCAAUAUCCGCCGUAGUAAAUCACGAGCGCGUCAUGGCUUACGUGUUUAGAAAUUACACAUUACCGCACAGAGUGGAAAGCCAGUAUAUGGGGUCCCAUAAGUAUAAAUUGUGGGAAGCCGUAAGAGCGUCAGCUGCUGCACCGAGUUACUUUGAGGAAUUUAAAUACGGCGACUAUCUUCAUCAGGAUGGCGGUAUUUUGGUAAAUAACCCGUGCGCCGUGGCGAUACACGAAGCCAAACAGUUGUGGCCGAAUAAUCCAAUCCAGUGCGUCGUAUCAUUCGGAACAGGUCGAAUCCCACAUCACAUCAGUGGAAACGAAUCUCUGGAGGUAGCUAUCUCGAGCUGGAAAGAGAAGUUUUAUAAAAUUUUAGAUAGCGCCACCGAUACAGAAGCUGUGCAUACGAUGCUCAAUGACCUGCUACCUGAUCACAUUUACUUCAGAUUUAAUCCUUAUUUAACGGAAAUGUUAUCGAUGGUUGAAAUCCGACCUGACAAAAUCAGCCAAAUGGAACAAGACGCAAGAAUGUACAUACGUCGAAAUGAGGAGAAAUUUCAAAAGGCUGCUACGGCUUUACUGGAAAAGCGACAGAUCCAGCAAAAAAUUGUAGAUUGGAUCAUAUUACAAAGACAAUUAUCCGGUUUAUAAAGAGCGAAAAUAUCUCUUCAAAUAUCGAUGUACAUUCCAUAGCGCGAUCUGUGUUUGCAAAUCACAUAGACAUCUACUAUAAUAUAACUUUUUUACAUUUCACAUGCAGUGUCUAUUAAUCUAAAAUUGUUCAAAUAAUUAUUUUCUUAAUAAUGUUUUUUGGAUGAUACAAUAGGAAAUAAU